UGUCCUGCCAGGCAUCAUGAACACCUUCACGCUUGUCGUCGCUAGCCUCCUGGUGGCCGGAGCCCACUGCGGCGCCGUCUACACCUACGGCGUUCCAGCCGCCUAUUCGGUGUUGCACCAGCCCGUGGUGUACCAGACCGCGGUCAGGGCUCCCGUGGUGGCGCACCACAAGGAGCUGGUGCACGUGCCGCACCACGAGUACGGUUACACCGUCGAGCAGAGCAAGCUCUGUCCAGCCAAAGUCCACCGUCGUCCACCACGACCCACUCACCGGCUUGCCCUACCAGCAGACCGACUACCACCACGCCCCGGUCGUCACUGGUUCCCGUAGCUCCGUCCACCACAGCCGACCGGGCUACCUCGCCGAGCGCACCAAGACCUACGUCUACUGAAC